ACCAUAAAAAUCACUGCAGGAGAGGAAAUUAUGUUCGACUGCGGAGAUCCUGACUUCCCAUGGAGACAGAAAUCCAGUACUUCCCUGUGCAGAGAGAUCAAGGAAUUCCGAUGGAAGGAUUCAUUUGAAAACCUUGACCUAAAGCCUGGCAUGAUGAAAAUUGAUGACCUUGUUAUCAACAAAGAAACAAAGAUUGCUGAUGGAUGCAAUGCUGCUGAGAUUUUCCCAGGACUCUUUCACAACUGCAAAGUUGCAGUGAAACGAGUUGCCAAACAUAUUUACAAAAAUGAAAUGGGAAUGGCUAAUUUCCUGUGUUCAGAUAAUUUUAAAGCAGAACAUCUUUUGAAACCCAUUGCGGUGUUGGAAGACACGUACUUUGCCUAUUUCGUCCCUCCUCUUUGUGAAUACAAUCUAAUGGAGCUGACUGAAAAUAAGGAUUUUCCUGAGAGAAAAGGGCUGACAGAGCAUCGAAGACUGGAGAUCUGUCAGGAGUUAUUGCAAGGACUUCAGGAACUGCAUUCAUGUGGAAUUCUGCACAGAGGCCUGAAGCCUGAAAACAUUUUGUUUGAUAUCAACAAUAAAAUGUACUUUGCAGAAGCAGGAGCAAGCAGAAAACUGCAUCUGACACAAACAACACUUUCUUGGUUAAGUUAUGAAGAUGUUGGGGGAGUGCAGUACAAAUACAAGAGAGAAUCAGAUAUCCAGGUAGCAGGAUGCUUGGUCCAUUACAUCCUGACGGAUGGGCAACACCCUUAUCAGACAACUACACCCUACGCCAACGAUCCACUUGGUGUAUCUCUAAAUGUCAGAAUGAGUAACUUUAGUCUUCAAUGUGAUGAAAGACAAAACAAUAUCUUAAGCAGAAUGCUGAGCAAAUCAUUGGAAGAGCAAGAUGGUGUGGUGGGACGCAGGCCUCAUAUUGGACCAUAUAAUGCAGCUCUCCUUGUCACCUUUCUUGAUGAGCUCGAUCAGCGACGGAAAAUGAGCAAGCGGAAGAAUUACCCCGACCCUGGCCUGAUUGUGCACAACUACGGCGCCGAUGUGCUCCGGUGA